GAGAGUUAAGUGUAUAAUCUAUGUUUGAGAGUGAAUAGCUAGUCUGGACUAAAAAUUAGUUUAAUGUUUUUUGGGAGGCACUUGGAUUACCUGGUUAUUAAUUUAAUUUUGUUUUAAGCAAUAUUAAACUAAACGUUAAACCAACUUUUAGUUGCACGACGUAUAAAGCGAAAUAAGUUUAUCUUGAUUUACCUCUAAACUUUUCAAAGGUUCGAUUUUGUUUUCUGGAAAUAUAUCUUUCAAGAUGCAUUUGGGCGUGAACGUCUCAAAUGCAUUACAGCAAUUGGAAAGUGUGAAAGCUGCUGUGGACCAGAGCAAUGAUCCCAAGCUUAAAGCUGCAACCAGUGAUGAUUUGAACAUGCUAAUAAGUUUAUUAGAGAGUCCCAUAUUACGAAGUAUUACUACACUUCAUGACUCUGUGGGCAUGCUUGCAACUCAGGUUGCACAUCACCCAUCAAUUUUACCUGGAGAUUUUGAUAUUACUCCUGCUGGUGACUUGGCAUUACAAACAAGAAAUUUGUAUGGAAAUCAAGAGGGUGAAGAGGAGCAAAGGGUGCCACAGGUCUCACCUCCACAUAGUAUGGAGUUUGGAUCUGAUAAUGAACAUAUUCUUGGACUUGAUAGUGGCUCUGUUGACUCUAACAUGUCUCCUAAACAAAGUCGUGGCUUAUUAGAUUUGUCUCGUAAUGAUGAUUCUUUAGCAUCUACCAAUCACAACGUAGUAGCAGGGGACUGGGCACAAGUUGAAAUUAUAAAUCUUGUAAAUGAUGGAACUGGCCUUGGAUUUGGUAUUAUAGGUGCUAGAACAAGUGGUGUCAUUGUAAAGACGAUACUAGCAGGUGGUGUAGCUGAUCGCGAUGGCCGACUAAAAUCUGGAGAUCACAUUCUACAGAUUGGAGAUGUAAGCCUUAUGGAGAUGGGUUCCGAGCAAGUAGCUGGUGUGCUACGUGCGUCCGGUAGUCGUGUGAGGCUCGUCGUGGCGCGAGCAGUGGAUCCGGCGGCCUUGCAUGCGUCACCCGCUCCCGUCGUGCCUGCCAGGCUUUUGUCAGACCCCGAAUCGCUGGAUCGCUAUCUCAUGGAAGCUGGUUUUGAGCAAGUGUUCCAUACGCAGCCUGUGCCUGUCAGCUCCACUUCGACGAGAUUUGUAUUUGACAAUCCCAUAACACCCCCUCCAGAUUCAGAUGCUGAAUCACCAGAAGUUGAUAGAUUCACAGUUCAACUGAAGAAAGACGAGAACGGCUUAGGGAUUACUAUUGCAGGUUAUGUUUGCGAAAAGGAGGAGCUGUCAGGUAUAUUUGUGAAGUCGGUGACUCCGGGGAGCGCUGCAGCGUUGAGCGGAAUGGUGAGGGUCAAUGACCGCAUCGUUGCCGUCGAUGGCGUCUCCCUCGCAGGGAAAUCCAACCAGCGCGCUGUGGACGCCCUGAAACAGAGUCGCAACGUUGUCACGCUAGAACUAGAAAGAUACCUGCGUGGUCCGAAAUAUGAGCAACUGCAGCAAGCGAUAGCGGCGGGCGAGGCGGCCGCCCCCCCUCCCCCGCCCAACCCGUUCCUGCACAUGCACCGUCCCGACGCACCUUCUCCUGAAAUAGAAAUACAGCUCUCCAACCUCCAAAUAACGGAUAACGGCACAGAUGACGCUGUGCCUCUAACUCGCAGCAGUCCUCCGGCGACUGCACUGCGUCCGGCACCAGCGUUCGAGAUGCCACGGACUCCUGAACAAAAAGAAGCGAUAAGAAGGAAAUGGCAGGCUAUAUUAGGCGAGGACGUGGAGAUAGUGGUGGGCGUGGUGGUGCGCGGUGGGGGUGGUCUGGGCAUUUCGCUAGAAGGCACCGUGGACGUGGAGGGGGGGCGCGAGGUGAGGCCGCAUCACUACGUGCGCUCCGUGCUGCCCGAGGGGCCCGUGGGCCGCGCCGCCGUGCAUCGCCCCGGCGACGAGCUGCUCGAAGUGAACGGUCAUCGGCUCCUGGGCAUGAACCACUUAGAAGUGGUGUCAAUUCUGAAGGAAUUAUCGAGUGAAGUCUGCAUGGUGUGUGCGAGACCUCGACCUGCGCCCCCUCUCGACCUAGCGCCGCCUGCCACAACAUUAGUGAAGGCGAAAUCGGACGGUAGCCUGGCGGGUGCGGGUGCUGAGGAAGGCGGGUCGCUGUCCGCCGCUGGGAAAGUUCGUUCCCGGAGUCUCGAACCACUAACCGGACUUGCUAUGUGGUCUUCUGAACCCCAGAUAAUAGAGCUAGUGAAAGGCGAGCGUGGUCUGGGGUUCUCGAUCCUGGACUACCAGGACCCGCUGCGGCCCGCGCACACGCUCGUCGUCAUCCGCUCGCUGGUGCCGGGCGGCGUGGCGCAGCAGGACGGCCGCCUCAUACCCGGGGACAGGCUGCUCUUCGUUAACGAUCAGAAUCUUGAAAAUGCGAGUCUAGAGCAAGCGGUGGCGGCGCUGAAGGGCGCGCCCCGAGGAGUGGUCCGCAUCGGGGUGGCCAAGCCUCUACCGCUGGCCGACGCGCCGCCGCCGCUGCCCACCACGCCGCCCCCCAACACCUUGAGGUCCUCCUCUUAAACAACUCACUUCAACGAACAAACCACAUAUCACCGGCAGUACUGCGAUUACACAGCCCACUGGGUUUCUCGCCGGAUCUUCUCGCGUUUCCGAUCCGAUGUUAGAUUCUGCGAAGCACUGCUUUUGCUAAGGCCAGUGCUAGCAACACCUCCGGUUUAAGCCCCGAGAGCUCACCUACACGCUAGGGUAACGCUGGUAUAGCCUCUCAAGGCUAUCAGCGUAGGCAAGGAAAAAAUUGCGAUGAGUUUCACAUAAUUAUGUAACUACAUUUUUCUCUAAACCCGAAAUGAUAACUACUAGCCUUACUAAAAACUAUGUUACGAUAAAUCUUAUGAACCACCCUUUAUCAGCUAUAAAAUAUUUACUAUGAACUAGAUAAAUUUUAGUUUAAGGGACAAAUGUGUUAAUAAAUUGCGAGGUCUCUUUAAUUGACACUAUGCAAACUUACAGAUUAAAUGCCUAUUUCUGUCGUGAAACAGUAAUACGUUGCUACUGUAAAACUGCGACAUAGAACUCAAGUCUAAAGGUGCGUGGCGGUGUUUACAUUGAUGAUGUUCUAGGGGCUUUUUAACCAUUUAACACCAUAUGGGCCGUGAGCUUGUCUACCCAUCUAAGCAAUAGAAAAUGUGUAUUGUUUUUCAAUCAAAUAAUGGUAACCAAACCGCAAGUUUUAUUGAUCAAUAAAACUAGUAAUAGCAAGGCAUGAUUGUCUUUCUGAUUCCCAUUAAUGUAACAAAAUUUUAACCCUGCAAGGCUCAAUCUUUUUUGUGCUUGAAAAAAAUUUAGUUUGUAUUUAAUCAUCAGAAGAUAGGGUUUUCUCUAUCUUAUAAAAAAUAGAAAUAAAACCAUAUUUUACGAAAAAAUCAACUUCAGUUCCACAUAUGGUACACUGAGCCUUAACUAUACUUUUUGGUAUACUAAACUAGUACAAUUGAAUUGUUUUGGAAGUUUCCUAUGAACUUUUUUCCAAUUGUCAAUUAUUCAAAAUGAAAUGACUAUUACCUAUACUUAUAUUUAACUUUUUUAUGUAUUGCAAAAUCAUACUUAUUCUUUCUUUCUUUCUGGUCGUUCCCUCAAUGCUGAGGAUCGUGACUGUAUGUCAAUCUUCUCCACUCGGUCCGGUUCUGCGCCAUAUGUACCGCUCCUUGUAUCUGGCCUCCAGUCACCUCCUUGAGUUGGUCCACCCAUCUAGCUGGCGCUCUUCCUCUAGCGCGCUUCCCCUCCAUUUGUCCGAGAAUUAUGAGUUUCUCCAGGCUGUGCAAUGAGGAUCGCAUUAUGUGCCCAAAGAAACUCCGGAUCCUUUCCUGGCACAUACAUAGUCAGCACGCGCUUGGUGACCUUCAGCUCUUCGAGGAUGGAGACAUUAGUUCUCAUAACUGUCCAACUAAUAUAAAAUUGUUUAUUGAUGAAAAGAUCUAAAACAAAUAUUACAUUUAUUGAGGCAAAGUUCUACGCGACAUUUGUCGCAAGGUAUGAAUGUUUUCCCCUUGCAACCAGGAUAUUUGCAACGUUGCCUUUUUGAUCCCAAACAGGAAAAUGCACAAACCCAACGCGCCUCACAUCACGAGGAGGUAGGAUUGAUGUAUUUAUUUAGCUUCUGUCUUUAAUUUUCAACUUCAUGAGAUAAACUUGGUCUACCUUUCUUUUUGUUUAUUGAUAGCCCACAUAUGCAUAAACUUUUCUCUGCUUCGAAAUUUGAAGUCCUUCUGUUUCAUUGGGGUUGGUGUAUGUUGCUGCUCUCCGACUCUUCUGUACAAUAACCAGCAAUUGAUAAGGGUUACCUCAAGAAGAUGAUAAAAUAGGUUCAAGUACCAUUUUCUAGUUCUAACUUUUUAUUUAUAUUUCCGUAGGAACGAAUCUGGGAGGUCCACACUAGGAGUGGGUGAUAUAAAUCGUAUAUAGAUUCAAUAUCUAUAUAUCGCAGCAAUAUCGUUGAAUCCGAUAUCGCCCCGCACGAAAUCUAUAUAUCGAUAUCAGCCGAUACACGAUAUUGCUCGAUGUGAUGCGCAUCGCCAUAUCGCGAUAUCGGACCGAUUCGUGAAUCGAAAUCGAUAUUUCGAUAUCAGCCGAUACGCGAUAUUGCUCGAUGUGAUGCGCAUCGGCAUAUCGUACCGAUUCGUUAAUAUCAGCAAUAUUCGUUUGGUUCGUAUCGAAUCGGCCAGAGUGAGUGAGCGCGCGAUAUGGAUAUCAUGUAAUGAAUGAAACAGAAAUAGGCAUUAUCCAUACAAUUGUAAACCUUAUAUUUAAGUCCAUAUGUCUGUAGAUUAUUCUUAGCGUAUCAGCAGGAUACAAUUAAGGAAAGAAGUUUCAACUUUCGACCCUAACUUGAAUGCAGUAUAGCCUAUUUGCAUCGUUGAAUUUAAUUUCACGCGCUUUGACCUUGAACUAGAAUUUUUGGACAAGUGUUUAUAAAUACUUAAAAGUUUUUUGUGUUUGAUUUUUAAAGUACACAUUUUUCUAUUUUUAGUUGAAUCCAAAUAAUUGAGUUUAUUUCUUGUGUUUGUAUUAAACUUUUGAAAUCUACACUCUUUUGGUAUAUUUUGUAAUUUUAAAUUAAGACACAAAAUACUAAAAGCUGAAAAUAAUGUAGCCAGUCCUAAGCCUGGUAAAAGCAUGAAGGAAAGUUUUUUUGAUAUUUUUAUUUUCAUGUUCUUUUUAUUACUUUAAGAUCAUAUUAUAUAUUGAUAUCCGAAAACCAACCGUAUAACGUUGACUUAAAUCUAUAUCUACUACGAUAUUAUAUCAGCGUAUCGUUUCAAAUCUCAAAUAUCAUGAAUCGAGAAAAUCUACUAGCAUCCAUCAAUAUAUAGAUUCAGAAAAUAUAUAGAUUCAAUAUCCGAUAUUGAUCCUCGAUAUAUAGAUACGAUUCGAUACGCGGCAAAACCGAUAUUACCCACUCCUAGUCCACACCACUCAUAUUCAGGUUUUGUUUUGAUUGUUUGGGAGAAAUCCACUUGUAUAUGUUCUUUCUGUUUCUUGCAGUAUCUUCUCGCCGUUUCUAUGGGCUCUUGGUCCACAUAUGACGAUGGUCGGAAAACGACGGGUUUGUUGUCGUACCACGUGACGGUGAUAAUGUCCGUAUCAUUAAAAUUUGCUACCCAUUGCUCGGAAUAGCCUCUCUGAACCUUAUCCUUUUUCAGGUCGCUUACAGAAGGUAAUUGGAGGCCUUUUCUUAAACGACCUUUAUUGACCAUUCCCAGAGACUGUAUUCCCUUUUUGGCCAAAUAAGCAAUCAACUCUUGUGACGUAUAAUAAUUGUCAAAAAAUAAUUUGUGAUUUUGAUUCAUUGGAUUGGACCUAGCUAAGCGUACUACGAUAUUUGAGAUUGUUCUCCAUUCCAGGGUAAAUUUCAAAAUCGUAAGCUAAGUCACGAACAUAGCAAAGAACUAGCAACUUAUAGCCCUAUUUCUGUGACUUAUUAGGCAGAUACUGUCCAAGCAGAUUAGAUGCUUUUGUCGCCCACAUUUGCUCGUCGACGGAUAGCGCUUCUCUGUUAGGCACGCUUUGGAAUUUUCUUCUCGAUGUUUCCAAUAUUGGCCUAAUUUUAUGCAAACGAUCAUACCCUGGACUCCCUGAUGGCGGUUGCAUGGAGUUAUCGUUGAAAUGUAAAAAUUGACAUAUCUUUUUGAAAUGAUUCAGCGACAUUGUCUGUAUAAUCAAAGGAACACCUAAAUCAGCUGCCCAAUACAUUCGAAUAUUUGGCAGUGGCGCCAAACUCAUAAUCACACAGACAGACACCUAUAAACUUUUUCAAUUCAUUAGUUGUUAUUGUAAAUGGCUUUGAAGAAUUUUUUUGGAAACUAAUUUUGUGCAUUACUUCUUUAUUAUGCUGAAAUAACGUAUCACCAAAAAACCAUAAAAAAUAUUGAAGGGGAGUUUCAAAGUCUGUAUCGGUGUCGGUGACUAUAGAUUUGUGUUUCCAGUAAAUGAAACAGGAGGUUAUAUUAUUGAAAUUAAUCGAAAAUAUGUUUUCUUCUAAAUAAAUCUUUUUUCUUUGAGUGACAGUUACAGCGCUAGAGAUUCUAGAUCCAUGACCGAUUGUGUUACUCAUAGUCGAUGAUCGUCUCGGUACCUGAGAUUGUGUAAUGGUACCUGUAGUUGUCUCUGAAGUCAUUCCUGAUGUACUAGGCUGAGGGUUUGAUAUUUCUGACUGACGAUUUUCAAUAUUCGUAACAACUUCGUUGACGGAAGACGAACACAGAUAUAUCUGCGGAGAGAAGGAAGUUUCCACGUUGCUGAGUGGUUCUGAUAAAAAGUUUUGGAUGGACUGAACCUUUUCGAUGUCAUCAUCAUUUUCAGCAUCAGAAAAAUCUUGACCAUAUUCACUCCCAGAAAGAAUAUCCAAGAAACCUUCAAGAUCUUCAUCACGCAAUCUUCUUCGCGACAUUAUUUGCAAUAAAAUUAAAGAUUUCUUAAGGAAAGUUAUUGUAAAGGGUCUUUCAACAAAGGCGAGUUGAUCUUGAAAUUAAAUAAAACAAGCUGUAUGUGAGAUAUUAAAGAUUUAUUUUAUUUUAUUUGAAAGGCCCAUUUAUGCCAUUAUUUAUGAAAUAUGACAACGUUUAAAUGUCCACCGCUGCUUCGAACGGUGGCACGGAUCCGAGAGGUCCAAUUUUUAAUUACUCUACUGCAUAGAUCCAGCUGAAUCUGAGCGAUGGCUUGCGUUAUGUUGACUUUCAGGCCAUCGGUUGAUUGCGCAUUAUUGGCAUAGACCUGGGACUUGAGAAAACCCUACAAGAAAAAGUCAAAUCGCAUUAUAAAUAAUAAUAAUAAUAAUAUAGCCUUUUAUUCAGAUCUUUUAGUACAAUGAAUUUUUAAACUUAAAAAUACUAGCAUUAAAAUCUUAAACUUAAUAGAUAUGAAUAAAUGUAAACUAAUAUUUGUUGCUAGGUUAUCUUUCCUAGAUCUGUUUACCAGUCGGCAGAGGCCUCCUCCAACCUUUUCCAUUCAUUGUCUUUAGACGUUGGAGGGUUGUGGUCGCUUUCCCCCUCGAGGACCAGUCGGCUUGGGGGAGUUCGUUCCUUUUUUGUUUCUUUAUUAACAGUUUCUUUGGUUGGUUUUGGUUUCCGUUUGCUGUUCUUUAGUUGCUAUUGGUUUUUAUUAGUAUUAGGUAUAUUCGAAAGGGAGCUGGAUCUAUAUCGCAUUAAAUCAAAAGCAUUUGACCUGUUUGUCUUUAUUGUGUUUACGGUUUGUUGCUUUUUUGGUUGAUUAUUAUCUGAAGAAGGUGAAGCGGAUAUUUCCCUUUUCCUUUUUUCUUGGCUGUAGUUGUUCUCUUUAACAAUCAAUUUAUCAUAUUUUAGGUAUGCUAUAUUGCCUUUUUGUCUCUCUUCAAUUAACUUGGCUUGUAGCUCUUUUCUUUUUUUUAACACAUCCUUCGAGUAGUCCUCCGCAAUGUAUAUAGAUUUUAGGUUCUUUUUACUUUUGAUAAUUUCGGUCUUUUUCCAGUUGCUUAUAAACGAACACAGUACCGGUCUCGGUUUGUUGUUCUCUCUCUUUCUUUUUCCUAAGCGAUAAAUUUUGUUGAUAUCGUAUUCUUCCAUUUUAAUAUUCAAAUCUUGGUUGAAGGUUUCUUUGAGCUUUUGUAAUAGUUCAUAAGAGGAUUUUUCGUUUUCUUCUAAGCCGAAUGCUAUAAUAUUAUUGUUUUUCUCAGCCCUCUUGAAAUAAUCUAUUUCUUAUUCCAGUUUUUCUACUUUAGUUUUCAAGUUCUUAUUUUCUUCUAUAAUAGGGAUUAGUUUUUCAUCCAUCUUUUCCAUAAUACUAUUUGUUAUAGAGUCCUUCAAUUCAGCAUUUUGACUUUGCAUCUCCAUUUUAAUUUUUUCAAAUAAUAUUUGAAAUUGACCUUCCAUCUUAUAUUAAAUUAUCUACGUGUAACGAAACGCAAUAGUAGAAUAUGGUAGAAAUAUUUUUCUCAAUUAGCAACACUGUUUAAUAUGUCAGAUUUAUUGACGUACACGACAAGUGUCAUUGAGUGAACGAUUUGUUGUUUUCGUGUUUUCUAACCUCUAAACCAAUAGUUGAUAUUGUAGUUGUAGAUCUGCGAUGGAUUUCAGUAACCGCACUUCACUGUAUGUUUUUAGUCACUUCCGAGAGGUCCCAGCACUGUAUCAACGUAUACUAGCAACCAGAAAUUACGUUUGGUAUUUUAUUUCACUUAAUUUCACUUGGAGUUAAUCACUACGGUGUUGACAGUUCGGAUGCCGGAAACGGAAAAAAUCGCAUGAUCUUGGUGUCCAAUUCACGUUACCUCUACGAGAGAUAAUCCUGCCCUCGAACCGUUCAUGCAGAAUGUCCAUUGUGUCACUCGCUGUGUGGCACGUAGCGCCGUCUUGUUGGAACCACAUGUUGUCCAUGUCCAUAUCGUUCAGUUCAGGCCAAAAUAAAUUGUUAAUCAUUGAUCUGUAGCGCUCGCCGUUGACAGUAAUGCCCUCGCCAUCAUCGUUUUCGAAGAAGUACGGACCAAUGACGCCGCCGACCCUAAAUCGGCACCAAACAAUGACUUUGUGGAUGCAUUACCACCUGGUGAACCUCAAUUAGGUUGUGGUCCUCCCAUAUACGGCACUUUUGCUUAUUAACAAAACCAUUCAUCCAAAAGUGCGCAUCGUCGGUAAAGAUGUGUUGGCGCCGUUGCGAUGAGAUGUUGGGUGCAAGACUUAUUCAAAUAACAGUGGACUGUAUUUAUAGCUGGUUUAUUAAAUCGGAUCAAAGCUAGUACAAUUUUACGGGACCGACAAUGAUUGUGUGUUUUUUCGUUGAUGCACGUCGUUUUAUUUUGUAAGUCCACGCCUCUCCCCCGCUUCCGCCGCGAUGAGGAAAAUAGGGUUGCUAUGUUUCGAACAGAUGAUUUUUCAACCAAAUUCGGGGUCCUCUUCCAAACGUUCUGUAGCCGAGUCAGCGAACAAACGGCGUUGGAUCUUGUAUGGGUGUAGGCUCAAGUUCUGACGCAAAAUUCGCCAAGUUGAAGUCUGCGAAAGGCUGAGUUCUUGCGCACGGCGAGAAAUCGACUGCCUCGGAGUCUCCUGCACACUCUCACGGACAGCAGCGAUGUUCUCGGCCGAUUUGCGUUCCUUUGACGUAAAUGUGUUGGUUGUUUACCGAACCAGUCUUCUCGAAUUUGAACACCAAACGUUGGAAAGUCGACUUUGAAGGGCCACCGCGUCUGCCGUAAAAUGACGUAAUGCGCGCAACGUUUGCACUAACGAACACUCAUUUUGAUAAUGAAAUUUUAUCAUCUGGACGUGCUGCUCAAUCGUGUAACUUGCCAUGCUGAUUUGGCAUCAGUAACUGAAGAAAUAACAACGCAUUUGACAGAAGCCGCCAAAACAACAUGGCCUCCACAAACUGUCAACAUCGACCCGCCCUAUUUGAAAGCCCCUUUAUAAGUGAAAACAGACACUAAAGCUCAACGUACCGUAUGUGGUACAUGCAUAAAAAUAUGAUUUACUAAUACGUUUACUAUUGUAAUAUCAAACAACUUACCUCUGCAAAAUAUACACUUCCUUACAGACUCGUACAUCACACAGUGUGUUUUUUUUUUUCGAGUCAAAACUGUUCAAUUACUAUUUUGUAAAUAUUUUUGAAUUCAAACAAACGACUAACGUUCCACUUUCAUUCAAAUUUCACACUUCGUAUAAGUAAAGUUUCGUUUUACAACAUAACUAAAUGUCUGUAGCUUGUUUUAUAGCUAUAGGAACAAUUAAAGACAGCAUUCCACAUAUGGAACUGGGUGCCUUGUAGGGUUAAUCCAAGUGAUUACAUUUUAUCCUUUAUGACAAUCAGAUAAAACAAAAUAAAAAUAUUUUUACUCCUUGUGAUAUUCUAUACUUAAUUAAUGUAAAAUCAUUCCACGAUUGUAAAUAAAGUUAAGAGCAUUGGAACAUAUAUUGGUAAACACUAAAGUAUUAACCUUAAUAUUAUGCAUCUAUAGGUACUAAUCUAAUGUUAUGAGUACGCGAAUAUGGUAAGUAAAAUAUAAAAGCGAUACAUUAAUAUCAUAGUGUGAAUAUAUCGAUAACAGAAUGCGGAUUAAUAUUAAUAUCGUUUAUUAAAUAAAUAAAAAUAAACGGCCUUAUUAAUAAAUGCGGUUAAUAAAUCCUAGCUUACCUACUACAUAUCGACGCUUGAAAGGCAAACGUGAGUAAGCGACAAUAACUGCUUUGUACAUAAUUGAUAGGCAAUAACCAUAUUCGAUGCGCAAAAAAUAUAUAUUUCUAGGUCUAUUAAAAUCAUUUCAAUCCUACAGCUAGAUUCGUUAAAAUAGAUUUUUUUCAGGUAUAUCAACUUUAAAUUAGUCUACUGUAAAGUUCACGCAUUGUCGCUUAGUCACGUUUACCUUUCAAGCGUCGAUAUGAGUCUUUUCUGAACGAUUUUAGAACGGGCCGUUACUGUAAAUGACAAACUGAAAUAACAACCUGUUUAUUGAUGAGGAUAAGGUUAUUAAUUAGAUGUAAAUUAUAAUUAGUGAGAAUUUAUUGUUUAUUAAGUUUCCGAAAUAAAGUUUAUUUAAAAAUGUA